AUGGCAAUGCCCCAAAUAAGCGUGGCUGACCAGGCCAAAUUACAGCUGAUGCAAGAGAUGGAAAUUGAAAUGAUGUCGGAUUUAUAUAACCGCAUGACAAACGCUUGUCACAAGAAGUGCAUUCCACCUCGCUAUGGUGAAUCGGAGUUGGGCAAGGGAGAAAUGGUUUGCAUUGAUAGAUGUGUGGCCAAAUACUUGGACAUACACGAAAAGAUUGGCAAGAAGUUGACAGCCAUGUCCAUGCAAGAUGAGGAGCUCAUCAAGAAAAUGUCUAGUUAAAUAUUGAAAUUUAAAAGGGAUUGCUCACAUUGAGGCUAACCCCGCUCUGAAAUCGGCAUUUCAAUCGUUAUGUUAACUUGUUACCCACACACACAAACACAAGCCCACAAAUAAACAUUCACAACGGA